AUGGGAAGGCUUGGACCGUUGACCUCCCAGGCUCUGGGCAGAUCGCCUUAUGACGAUGUUGUGGAAGGCGAAGGAGAAGCAAACCCUCGUGAGCCUGAGCCGCAGUACGAUGAAAAGGGUCGCAUUGUCAACCAUGAGACCAAGACAAUCAUCAAAAGCCUCAUUCGAGCGCACAACGAAGUAAUGCAAGUUAUUGGUGUAGCCGAGCCUGAGAACGGGGGCAUCAAUGAGUCAGAGCUUGCUCUUGCCAAAGAACAUCAGGCGUAUGAGAGCGAGACAGGAAGAUGGUUACUGCAUGUUGGACACACGCUGGUAACAUUUGGAACAUGGGGAGUGCACGGCGUGCGACAACGCAUUCUUCUAUACAAGUCCUACUCUCACGUGCAAUACUCCAAAUUGAUACCUUAUGAGCGCACCCGGCAUUCCUAUGGAAAACUUCUCCUGGCCGGUCUGUCAUCUUACGUCGUCAUGGAAGGUUUGGGCACGAGGAUCAAUCAUCUAAAUCGACCUAGGUUGGAAUAUGGUAUGGGUUGGAUACGACUCCAUUUGCAUCUCUUCUUGACUAUGCAACAAGUAGACUUGAUACCGGCUUCUCGCUGGAUCCCAGAUAUCAUGUUCUUUAUCCCCUUUUCCAGCUCCUCUCCUUUUCCUGCCCCACCUGCCAUCGAAUCUCUCAACGCCUCAUCCAUCGGUGGCUGGCUCGCCAGGUUGGUCGCCAACGCAUUCCCCUAUGCCGUGUUCUACUUCGGUGGCCGUGCGUAUGAGUACACGACCUACUUAAUCAAACCUCACAUCCACAAGCGCCUUCCGCAGCCAUCGAGAAACAAGCACUUGGCACAAAUAUGGGAACGAGCACAAGCCGCAGCCGCUCAAACAUCGCAAACGAUUGCCGAAUCCCCAACUCUGGGACCAGCUGACCGCGAGAUACGGCAUACACCACAUUCAAGUCAGGAUAUGCACAUACCGACGCUGAAUGCACUCGAAGGCCAACCCAAUGGCGCCGAGCCUGGAAUACCUAUCGGGGCCAUCCGACGACAGAGCACAUUCUCGAACCGCGGCGGCGACCCGGACUACGGCACCGAUGAAGAGGAUGCCGAGAUUCUGGGUAAUACGCUCAUCAGCUUCGACGUGGAUACAAGUGAUUCGACAGAAGAACAACGGGCCGGGGUAUGGUCGGCAGAACUGCGCCCCAGCUACGGUGGUGAUGGCCGCCCCUCGCCCAAGGAAGAGCCGAUAUACGUGGUGAAUCCACUCACGAGUCUGCCAUCCCUAUUUGCUGCCGACAUACUUACGACAUUCGUCACGCGCGUUAUUUGUGCCCCUGGCGAAGCGUUGGCCCUCCGAAUGGUUGCGAAAGCAUUUUCUCUCCGGAGAGGACUGCCGACGGGUCAUAUGUUCCCGCCGCGCUUCCUGCACACCAUAUCGUGCCGCAGCUUCGUCAACGUAUUCGGCCUCGAACUGUUGCGGCUGCUCAUGUCUGGUGAGGUCUGGGCUCUCACCACGGUGUUGUCCCAGUGGCUGCACGUGACGGAGGAGGAGUGGAAGGAGAUUCAUAAGGAGGAGCAGGAAGCGGAACAGGCGGCACAACAAGCGGCCGACCGAGCAUCGUAG